GGAUUGUUCCUGUCUACACAUCAGUAAUCAUGGCCACACGCAACUGGAACCUGGAGUGCAAGGUCUAUGUUGGUAAUCUUGGCAACAGUGCUGCCAAGAAUGAGCUGGAGUCUGCAUUCAGCAAGUAUGGCAACUUGAGAAAUGUCUGGAUCGCGCGCAAUCCGCCCGGCUUUGCGUUCGUCGAGUUCGAGGAUCCGCGUGACGCCGAAGACGCCGUCCGCGGCCUGGAUGGCACCCGGCUUUGCGGUGAGCGGAUUCGCGUUGAGAUGUCGUCUGGCAAGAGUCGGAACCGCGGCGGCAUGCGCGGCGGCGUGUCCAACAGGUCAGUGAUGGGCGACGGCGCGCCUCCGCCGCCGCCGCCGCCGCCUGUCGGGAUCGCAAACCAGUGUCAUUGCCUUGAGCCGCGUGUGUGUGCGUGUGAAGCGGACCCCGGUCGGCGACAGGUGUGGACGCGCCGGCCUGUGUGCUGUGUAUGGUUUGUGCGGCCACUCCCUAACGCGACGAUGCCGUCUUACAGAUCUCCAACUUCACUCUACCACCCCUUGCCUCCGCCCAUCACACACGGCCUUGUGCGGGUCACGUGACGGUCAGGUGACCCUUGACCGGACGUGACCCGGCCCAUCGUGGGACUCUCGGCUCACCCCCAACUUGCAUCUCACACAUCUCGUCGCAUCGCGCCGUAUCGUUCGUUAUACGUAAUUGGCUGCAUUAGCUACGUACCUACUUGCUUCGUGGGCCGCUCAUGCUCCGCUCCUCGACACUUCGCUCCCUCCGCUUAAAUCCGAAGCAAGUAAGUAUGCUCGUCGGCCGGUACGUGUGCGUUUGUUGGAUGCUGUCGGAGAGGCGGGAGCCGUGUUGCCGUACCUGACACGCGAGUCACUGUCCUUUGAGGCGGGUGAGGUUCGCUAAGCCGUGUGGAGCGCUCAUAAGCUGCCUGUUCCUGUCCUCUUGCGUGGGGCCCUGUGGGGAACAGGUCGUGCGUGACGUGAACCAAUGACAACCGCUCGGGUCGUCUUUCAGAAGGUCCUGACGUCAACUCACACUUUAGAGCUGUCCGUUGUAGACACUUCACGUCUGUCCAGUAUGAUGAUUGAAACAAAGCAACACGCCUCUCCCGGUGGGUUUGGAGCACUUGACACCAGUUCUCGUUUUCAGUUCGGAUAUUCACAUUCCUUUGGGUCGUUGUUGCGCCAAAGUAAGGUCCAUCCAAGCGCGCGACUGUCCCUGCGCGCC